AUGGGUAUAAGGGAAGCAGAGGAGGAAGGGCCUAUUUUCAGGGAUAUAAGGCGAUAUUAUUGUGAGUACUGUGGCAUCUGCAGGUCCAAAAAGACCCUGAUUGCUUCUCACAUGCUCACUCACCACAAGGAAGAGAUGGAAAUGGCCAAAGAGGCUGAUGGGGAAGGAGAGAGGGAAAAACCCAAUACUUGCCAAGAAUGUGGUGCUACUUUUAAAAAACCUGCAUAUCUCAAGCAACACAUGCAAAGCCAUUCCCUUGAGCUUAUUUUUUACGUUUUGGAUGAAGUUUCUGUAGUAUUUGCAUCAAUUGAAGUUAGAAGUUUUGCAGGAAUCGGCAUUUUAAAGAAGUAUCUGUUGGACAACGUGAAGCAUUGGAUCCCACACAAAGAACUCCAAAAUGCGCAAGGGUUUGUCUUGAACGGACCAGUACCAGGUGGGAGACCUCCUGGGAAGCUCCAUCAAGCAAGCCUCAAUCACAGGCCAUACGUUUGUUUGGUGGAUGAUUGUCGUUCCAGCUUUAGAAGAAAGGACCACUUAAAUCGUCAUCUUCUUCAGCACCAAGGGAAACUCUUUAAGUGUCCGAUUGAGAACUGUAAUCGUGGGUUUGUUUCCCAAGGUAACAUGAGGAGGCAUGUAAGAGAACUCCACAAUGAGGAUGAUCCUUCGGCUUAUGUUGGGGGUCAGAAGCAGCAUGUAUGCCAGGAUUGUGGAAAGGUGUUCAAAUUUGCUUCAAAGCUGCAGAAGCAUGAGAAUUCUCAUGUUAAGCUGGAUUCAGUGGAGGCAUUCUGCUCUGAACCUGGCUGUAUGAAAUAUUUUUCUAAUCAGAAAUGCCUUAAGGCCCAUAUUCAGUCCUGCCACCAACAUAUCACCUGUGAGAUAUGUGGGACCAAGAAGCUGAAAAGGAACAUAGAACGGCAUCUCUGCAUGCAUGAAGGGGGGCGUGCUUCAGUGGAGAGAAUUAAAUGCAGUUAUAAGGGUUGUCUUCACACAUUUUCAACUAAAUCAAAUCUCCAUCAACAUGUCAAGGCAGUACACCUUGAACAUAAACCUUUUGUCUGUAGCUUUUCGGGUUGUGGCAUGAGAUUCGCAUACAAGCAUGUGAGAGAUAAGCAUGAGAAGACUGGACGUCAUGUCUAUGCAUAUGGGGAUUUUGAAGAGGCUGAUGAGCAAUUCCGGUCAAGGUCAAGGGGUGGCCGUAAGAGGAAGUACCCCACUAUAGAAAUGCUCGUACGAAAAAGGGUGACUCCACCAGACCAAUUGGGCCAGGAGUCUGAGUACCGCUCCUGGUUGCUCUCACAAGAAGCUGAAGACGAGUAUUGAGCCAUGCCCUUGAAGUAAGUGAUUGGACAUAUCCACUACAUACGCUAACCUACGUAAAAGUUUGCGUGUCAUGAAUCUGAACAUUAGAUAUGGAAAUUGGGUGAUGCUGUGAAUCUGAACACUAAAUAUGUAUAGCAUUUCUGUAUUUUUUUGAAGAUAAGCGUUCUUCUGUUUA